AGACGAAGGUAUUCGGUAUUCCAAAGUCCAAACACCCCCCACCCAAAAAAAAAAGAGGUUAGUGGAGAGUGGAGGAAGACAAUGUGCAUCGUCAUCGAAGUUUUGUAAGCGAGGCGAGUGAGGUGUAUGAGCUGAGUCAACUCAACUGAUAAAAAGUAGUAGUAACAUCACAUCACAAAACGACAAUCACCACCGCCGUGUGCUGAGAAGAAGAAGAAGGAGGAAAAGAAAGAAAUGCUGCCGCCGGAGCUGCAGCCUCGAUCAUUCCGCCCCUACAUAUCAAGCUCGAGCAGCGCUCCCUCAUUCUCCUUCUCCAAUUCCCAAUCCCAGCAAAGCUCGAACCCUAGCUCCACCGAAUCGAAUUCGUCAUCCCAGAGCCAUGGCAACCAGCGUGGUCACUCCGCUUCCCCUUCCACAUCCUCAUCCUCCAGAUCCAUCAAGAACCCCACCGGCUUCACCCACAACUACCGGAUCGCGAUGGCGCUGGUUCCCUCCGCCAUGUUCCUGCUGGACCUGGGCGGCGCCCCCGUGGCAUCCGUUCUGGUGGUGGGGCUGAUGAUCUCCUACAUCCUGGACUCCGUGGUGACCUCAAAGGUUCCCUCCUUCUUCGGCGUGUGGCUCACACUCAUAUUCUCCCAACUCUGCUUCUUCCUCUUCGCCUCGCCCUCACUCUUCGCCACCUUCAGUUCCUCCCUCCCUCUCACCCUCCUCUCCUCAUUCCUCUGCGCCCACACCACCUUCCUCGUCGGCGUCUGGUGCUCCCUCAACUUUCGCUUCCUCCCUCUCGAGAACCCUUCCAUCGCUCUCUCCCUCGAGCGCCUCCUCUUAGCCUCCGCCCCUAUCUCCGCCUCAUCCAUUUUCACCUGGGCCACUGUCUCCGCUGUCGGUAUCCGCAAUGCCGCCUACUACCUCGCCGCCUUCAACUCCCUCUUCUACUGGCUCUUCUCCAUUCCCCGCCUCUCCUCCUUCAAGACCACCCCCAGGGCCAGGUUCCAUGGCGGCGAAGUUCCUCAUGACAGCUACAUCCUCGGACCCCUCGAAAGCUGUGUCCACACCCUCUACCUUCUCUUCCUUCCGCUUGUCUUUCACCUUGGCUCGCACUACGCCCUCGUUUUCUCCUCUGCUGCUGCCUUCUGCGACCUCAUUCUCCUGUUCUUCCUGCCGUUUUUGUUUCAGCUCUAUGCCUCCACCAAGGGUGCUUUGUGGUGGGUCACCAAGAAUGAGAACCAGGUUCAUAGCAUAAGGGUCGUCAAUGGUGCUGUGGCUUUGGUGGCCGUUGUCGUUGCUUUGGAGGUUAGGGUGGUUUUCCACUCGUUUGGGAGGUACAUUCAGGUGCCCCCACCCUUGAAUUAUGUUCUGGUCACCAUCACUAUGCUUGGAGGGGCUGCUGCCGCUGGUUCCUAUGCCAUGGGGAUGGUCUCGGACGCCCUCAGCUCUGUGGCUUUUACCACCUCCGCCAUUGUGGUCAGCGCUGCCGGAGCUGUCGUCAUUGGGUUCCCAGUGUUGUUCCUUCCUCUGCCUGCAGUUGCCGGAUUUUAUUUGGCUCGAUUUUUUGAAAAGAAGAGCCUGCCAUCUUACUUUGCUUUUGUUGUUCUUGGGAGUUUAAUGGUUACAUGGUUUGUGCUUCACAACUUCUGGGAUUUAAAUAUUUGGCUAGCAGGCAUGUCCCUGAAAUCUUUCUGCAAACUUAUAAUAGCAAAUGCUGUCCUGGCAAUGGCUAUUCCUGGUUUAGCUCUUCUACCUUCGAAGUUAAAAUUUUUAUCCGAGAUUGGCUUGAUAAGCUAUGCAUUACUCUUAUGCUACAUCGAGAAUCGGUUCUUCAAUUACUCCAGCAUUUACUAUUAUGGGUUUGAGGAUGAGGUGAUGUAUCCUAGCUAUAUGGUUGUGAUGACAACUUUAUUGGGUUUGGGUUUGGUGAGAAGGCUACAUGUGGAUCAACGAAUCGGAGGAAAAGCAGUAUGGAUUUUGACUUGUCUUUAUUCUUCAAAGCUCGCCAUGUUGUUUAUUGCAUCAAAGUCUGUAGUAUGGGUAUCGGCUCUUCUAUUAUUAGCUGUUACCCCUCCAUUGCUUCUUUAUAGGGAUAGAUCAAAAACAGGUUCUAGGAUGAAAUCUUGGCAAGGUUAUGCGCAUGCCUUUGUGGUUGCCUUAUCUGUAUGGUUUUGUCGUGAAACGAUUUUUGAAGCACUUCAGUGGUGGAAUGGAAGGUCUCCUUCAGAUGGUUUAAUCCUGGGAUCAUGCAUUCUCUUGACUGGAUUGGCUUGUAUUCCCAUCGUCGCUGUUCAUUUCUCUCAUGUUUUGUCUGCCAAAAGAAGCCUAGUGCUGGUAGUGGCAACUGGUCUGCUUUUUAUUCUGAUGCAGCCCCCUCUCCCUUUGUCAUUGACUUACCAGUCAGACCUAAUCAAGACUGCCCGCCAUUCGGCUGAUGAUAUCUCAAUUUAUGGCUACAUGGCAGGGAAGCCUACCUGGCCUUCUUGGUUGCUUAUUAUUGCAAUUUUGCUCACGCUAGCAUCUGUUACAUCUAUCAUACCCAUUAAAUAUAUUGUUGAAUUAAGGACAUUUUAUUCCAUUGCAAUGGGGGUUGCCCUGGGAGUCUACAUUUCUGCUGAAUACUUUGUCUGGACAGGCAUUCUGCAUGUUCUCAUUGUGGUCACAAUGGUUUGUGCCUCUGUAUUUGUUGUCUUCACUCAUCUGCCCUCUGCCUCAAGCACAAAGCUUUUGCCCUGGGUAUUCGCUCUGCUUGUGGCUCUCUUUCCAGUUACUUAUCUUUUGGAGGGCCAACUGAGAAUUAAAAAUAUUCUUAAAGACACUGAAAUAGGAAAUUUGGGCGAGGAGGAGAGGAAUCUUACAACAUUGCUAGCCAUUGAGGGGGCCAGGACAUCUCUUCUUGGUUUGUAUGCGGCAAUCUUUAUGCUAAUAGCCUUGGAGAUAAAAUAUAAACUUGCUUCAAUUUUAAGGGAGAAGGCUAUUGAUAUAGGUGGCAUUAGACACAGCAAUUCCGGUCAAAGUGCAUCUGCUAGUUUCCUUCCAAGAAUGAGAUUCAUGCAGCAUCGCCGGGCUUCUACUGUUCCCUCCUUUACAAUUAAGAGGAUGGCUGCUGAUGGAUCCUGGAUGCCUGCCGUUGGCAAUGUUGCCACAAUUAUGUGUUUCGCUAUAUGCCUAGUCUUGAAUAUCAACCUUACCGGUGGUUCGAACCGUGCCAUAUUUUUCCUGGCUCCUAUCCUGCUGCUACUGAAUCAAGAUUCUGAUUUUGUUGCUGGUUUUGGGGAUAAACAUAGAUAUUUUCCUGUGGUUGCUGUUAUAUCUGUCUACUUCGUUUUGACAGCCCUCUACAGCAUAUGGGAAGAUGUCUGGCAUGGUAAUACAGGAUGGGGUCUUCAAAUCGGUGGGCCUGACUGGAUAUUUGUGGUAAAGAACUUGGCCCUCCUUGUUCUCACGUUCCCAAGUCAUAUACUGUUCAACAGGUAUGUAUGGAGCUUUACAAAGCAGAGUGAUUCACCCCCGUGGAUAACCUUACCCCUUAAUCUGCUCCCUAUUGCAUGUACAGAUAUUCUCAAGAUUAAGAUCUUGGGUAUAUUAGGAGUUAUAUAUUCCCUGGCUCAGUAUCUAAUCACUAGGCAACAGUAUAUUUCUGGCCUCAAGUACAUCUAAAUGAGAACGUAGUCUGUACGAUAGUCUUUUCUUUUAAUCUAGGUACACUCCUGCCUCUGCUUGUCAUGCCUAAAUUUGUGUGCUGAGGAAUACGUUGAAAUGCCUUAUUUUUGUUAUCGCCAAUGGUUGGUAGUUUAACAGAGGUUGAAAGAUAUGAAUUAGUUUUCUCUUCUGUCUUGAUGGUUUAAUGCCUUAUUUUGGUGUGUUUCUGAAAGAAUGUUGAUUUGGAAACUGGAACUGCUAGAAUUAGGAAUAUGGAUGUAAUUUGGGAUAGGAAAUAACGGAUUUAAUAAUGUACUAGAGAAAGAAUGCAACCAGGAAGAACAAGAGGUCUUUUUAAGACAUUUCACAUUUCGCAUAUUGGAUGAGUAUUAGUAUACUCUAUCUCGGAUAUUUGAAGAAGAUACAAAGAAAUGAAUAGCGUUAACAUUUGACAUUAGUAUACCCUAUCGUGGCAAUCCAUAAGGAUGUAUUUGUUUCCUAGGACUGGGACUAAGUUUUGUAUUUGGUGAAUAGAAAUUGAAAUUAAUUUUAAUCUUUUCAGCGCGCUUCUAAAAAAUGGGGACAUAGGAGCCUCCCUGACCCAGCCCAUAUUCCUCAUGUUCACCACCACUGUACUCAUCAUUCCACCCACAUCUCACCGCUACUUCUACAACACCUCUAUAUCCUUCACUUCACCACUGCAGCACCACCCCUAAUCCCUCACCUCACCGCUAUACCUACUCCCAUCAUGAUAUCUCACCACUGCCAUUCCACCUCAACAACAACAACUACAAUUAACAAGGAGAGGGAGCGGGAGACAUAGAUCUCGAUGACAAGGAGGGAGGCAAUGGAAAUGGCAAAGCAGAGGAGAUGCAAACACAGAUCUCGACUAUAAGGAGAGUCAGUGAUAGUGGCAAAAACAAAAGAGAGGCGGAUGGAGAGAGAGGUGGAGUCAAAAGUAGAGGCGAUUGGUGGGGAAGAAGGCUGCGUUGUUGCCGUCGGAGAGUGGAGGCUGGCCAGCAUGAGGUGAGGCUAAGCUUUAAGGAGUAGAGGGUGUCGUUUGUGACGUUAUGGGAGAAGCAACGAUGAGGCUGAGCUUUGAGGAUUGGGGUUUAUUUUAUUUUUAUUUUUUUAAUUAACAAGAGUAUUUAGGUCAUUUUACUUGUUUUAUUCUUCAUAUUUAUCUUAAAAAAAAAAUACUAAGGCAUAACUUA